GAGACACAAUAGGAUUUCUACUAGACUUGCACGAAAAGCAUAUGAUCUUCUAUUUAAAUGGAAACCAUUGAGAAGCAAGUAUUUUCAUCUGCUAUAUCUGGCUUUUUUGCUGCAGCUAGUUUCAUGUCCUAUCAACAAUGUGAGUUCAACUUUGGGGCAAAACCUUUCAAGUACCCACCAUCAAUGAAGUUUAGUACCUUUAAUGAUUAUGCAUUUCUGACAGCAGAAGAGAAGAUCAUUUUGCCCAGACACAGGCGUCUGGCUUUGUUGAAGCAAGUGAGUAUCCGAGAGAACUGCUGCACACUUUGCUGUGAUGAGGUAGCAGACACGGAACUCAGGCCAUGUGGACACAGUGACCUGUGUAUGGAGUGUGCCUUGCAGCUGGAGACCUGCCCUUUGUGUCGACAGGAGAUACAAACCCGAGUCAGACAGAUCUCUCACAUUUCAUGACACGUGGAGAAAUACCACAGACUUGUUUUCAGUGAAUUCAAACCAAUGCUGAAAGGGGAAAGAAUCUCUGACCAAUCUUUACGCACAUAAAACCAUAGCCACGGACAGAUUUCAUGCUAACCUUUUAUCUGUUAAUCUUAAAAAUGAAAUCUUUAAUAAGCUAUUUCAAGUUGCCAGCAAUGGGAACUGGUUUCAAGAAUAAGGAGAGCUGGUAGGUCAGCGUGCUAUGGCUGUUGGUUCCUCCAAGCAAGACCAUAGGAGAGUGUCUCUCUUCUUCCCCCUUUCCUUCUCGCCUGUCACAAGUGCUGAAAAAAAUUUGCACUGGAAGUACACGUACAAUGCAUUUUAGAAAAGAAGAGCAAGUAAGUAUCUCCUAAACCAGGGCUGUUCUGUCCUGUGCUCGAAAGUCUCUAUUUUUGGCAAGUCAGUACUACAAAGAGAAUGCCAAUGUUUUCCUGUUCAAUGUAGCCUCCUGCUGGUCAGAGACUCUGUAUUUUCUGACAGUGGAUAUUAAACUGCUCGAAGAC